AACGCUUUGUAAUACAAUGUUUUUAGAUUUUUUCACAAAUUAUUUAAGCCUCCUCAAAUACUGAGAAUUUGAACAUUUGCGUCACGGCGUUAACCUGUGGCGUGUUGUAGAAACCAGUAAAAUGACGUUCAAAUUAUUUUCGACUUUGACGGCAAUAUUUCUCUGCUUCCAAAGUGGAGAUAGUGCCAACUCAUGUCAACUAAAUUGGGGGACAAACUUAUUGCCUGCUUGGUUUCCACUAAUUUGGAACGACACUUCAAUUGUCUACCCGAAAUAUAAUGGAACCGAAUGGCUGAUUGAAAUGACUCCAAAAACGUCGUUGCAAUUUGGUUGCGGGGAAGCCACAAAUCUCCUCCAGAAUUUCCUCCUCCCUGAAACCCUACUCACUUGUGAUGGAUACGGGAAUUUGAAGGCAGGACUGGUGUCCCCCAACUUCACUUCGAUGGGAUGCCUAAACCAAGUUAAAGAGAAGGUCGUGCAUCUGCCUGCUUCCACUUGUUACAAUGGCUAUGAUAACAUUGACAUCACAUUUCUGUCUGCGACAAACAGCUUUCCACUUAUUAAUGUUUGCCACAAUACUGCAAAAGACGAAACGAUAUUUGCUCAGCACACGAUCCAUGGUGCAGCCCUUAACCCGUAUGAAGUGUCCAAUCGUCGCCCAAGUUUCAAGGAGGGUGGAUAUUACCCCACCUUUACGGCAGACGAUGCCUACAGUCAAAAGUCUCAGUUGGCCGUGGUCACUGAGCUGACAGGACCUUCCCGAGGUCCUGCUUAUAUCGAUGCAGCACGGUCAUUCUAUUUUGCUCGAGGUCAUUUAGCCCCUGAUGGAGAUUUCGUUCAUAUUUAUGAACAGAAUGCGACCUACUAUUUUGUCAAUGUCGUUCCACAGUGGCAAAUUAUUAACAAUGGAAAUUGGAAGGCGAUGGAAAUGGCAAUUCGGGAUUUGGCUACGGAAAGACAAAUUGAUUUAAAAGUAUGGACGGGUGGGUUAGGAACGCUGACCAUGCAGAACGAGAAUGGGACUGAUGUCGAAAUUUACUUGGCAAAGGAUGCUCUGAAAAAUCGGCGUCUUCCUGUUCCAAUGAUUUCAUGGAAAGUAAUUCACAACCCAGUAAGUAAAUCAGCGGCAGCUAUCUUCAUGGUGAACAACCCGCAUUUAGUUGACGUUCCUCAAAGUUUGAUAAAAUGUCCCGACAUUUGUCCUCAACUGCCGUGGGUGACUUGGCCAACAAAAACAAUCCAGAAGGGGUACACAUACUGCUGCGAUAUGAAGUUUGUUCAGACAAACGGAAUCCUUCCAAUGAUUUCAAAUCUUGGAGCGGAUGUACUGCUUCUUGUCUAAAUUUGCUAGCUUAUUUGAAGACUGGUGAAUAUUUGUAAUAAUUGGUGCUCCUUACAUGUUUAAUUUGCUAAACAUAUGGCAAUUAUGCAUAUAUGUUAAUGAGUUAAAUAUGUCGAAUCAAAUAAAUCAUUGGUAAAUUAAAA